AAUAAAACCCCCACGUUGAUCGUCAUCUUUCUAGAACCCUCUUUUCUUCCCCUUAAACCCCUUGAGGGUUUUCAGUUUUUUCAACACUCAAGUAGCGAAAUAUUCAUAGUUAUCGUGAUAGCCUGAAAUAUCUCUAUUGCUACCUAACUGCAAGUCUGCAGCUCUUCUUCUAUCUGUUUAGGGCUUAAUGGCUCCAGUUCUAAGCAGAAGCUUAGCAACUGCUACUUUGGUUUCUAUUCCCUCUUCUACACCCUUUUCACUUAAACAGCCCAAUAACAAGUCAUUUAAUCUAAGAACUCGUUCUUUUCUGCAAAACAACGGUCUGAGGAAAGGAUUCUCUUGUGCUGGCCUCAAAUGGAAAGUUGAGAAGCGAAAUAAUCGGAUUGCUGUCCGCUGCGAGGCGGCCGUCGCUGAGAAAGAGGCCGCAGAUGUAUCUGGUGAGAAAUUCGAGUAUCAAGCUGAGGUUAGCCGCCUGUUGGAUUUGAUCGUUCAUAGUCUAUACAGCCAUAAGGAAGUAUUCCUCAGGGAGCUUGUGAGCAAUGCAAGUGAUGCUUUGGAUAAAUUGAGAUUCUUGAGUGUGACUGAGCCAUCUUUGCUUGGAGAUGCUGGUGACCUGGAGAUUCGUAUAAAACCUGAUCCAGAGAAUGGGAUCAUUACUAUAACAGAUACUGGUAUUGGAAUGACAAAAGAAGAGCUCAUUGACUGUCUUGGAACUAUUGCGCAGAGUGGCACAUCAAAAUUCCUGAAGGCUCUUAAGGAAAACCAAGAUCUUGGUGCAGACAAUGGCUUGAUCGGUCAAUUUGGUGUUGGGUUCUAUUCUGCCUUUCUUGUGGCUGAGAAGGUUGUUGUGUCUACAAAGAGUCCAAGGUCAGAUAAGCAGUAUGUCUGGGAAGCAGCAGCUGACAGUAGUUCAUAUGUGAUUAAGGAAGAAACUGAUCCUGAGAAGCUUCUGCGUCGAGGAACACAGAUUACUCUUUAUUUGAGGGAGGAUGAUAAAUAUGAAUUCUCGGAUCCAUCCAGGAUUCAGGGUUUGGUGAAGAACUACUCACAAUUUGUUUCUUUCCCCAUCUAUACAUGGCAAGAAAAAUCAAGGACUGUUGAGGUGGAAGAGGAGGAAGAACCAAAAGAAGGAGAAGAAGCCAAACCAGAGGACGAGAAGAAAAAGACAAAGAAAACUAAGACUGAGAAGUAUUGGGAUUGGGAGCUAGCCAAUGAAACAAAACCAAUAUGGAUGCGAAGUCCAAAGGAAGUUGAAAAGGAUGAGUACAAUGAGUUCUACAAGAAAACAUUUAAUGAAUUCUUGGACCCGCUUGCAUAUACACACUUCACCACUGAGGGAGAGGUGGAGUUUAGGAGUGUUUUAUACAUACCUGGAAUGGGGCCUCUUAACAAUGAGGAGGUUGUAAAUCCAAAAACCAAGAAUAUACGUUUAUAUGUGAAGCGAGUAUUCAUCUCAGAUGAUUUUGAUGGAGAGCUGUUUCCACGAUACCUGAGCUUUGUGAAGGGCGUGGUCGACUCUGAUGAUCUUCCUCUUAAUGUAUCUCGAGAAAUCCUUCAAGAGAGUCGAAUUGUAAGGAUUAUGAGAAAGAGACUUGUUAGGAAAACAUUUGACAUGAUUCAAGAGCUAUCUGAAAGUGAAAAUAAGGAGGAUUACAAGAAAUUCUGGGAGAAUUUUGGCAGGUUUCUGAAAUUAGGAUGUAUUGAAGACACGGGUAACCACAAGCGUAUAACUCCAUUGCUGCGAUUCUACACUUCCAAAAGUGAGGACGAACUCACAACCUUGGAUGAGUAUAUCGAGAACAUGGGGGAAAACCAGAAGGCUAUCUAUUACUUGGCAACAGACAGCUUGAAAAGCGCAAAGAGUGCUCCAUUCUUGGAGAAGUUGGUUCAAAAAGGCAUUGAGGUUCUUUAUUUAAUUGAGCCCAUUGAUGAGGUUGCCAUCCAGAACCUGCAGACCUACAAAGAAAAGAAAUUUGUUGAUAUCAGCAAGGAAGAUCUAGAACUUGGAGAUGAGGAUGAGGUGACAGAAAGAGAAACUAAACAGGAAUACAUUCUCCUCUGUGACUGGAUAAAGCAGCAGCUUGGUGACAAGGUGGCUAAAGUGCAAGUAUCAAAGCGUCUAAGCUCAUCUCCCUGUGUGCUCGUUUCUGGCAAGUUUGGAUGGUCAGCCAAUAUGGAAAGGUUAAUGAAAGCACAAGCUCUUGGAGACACUGCUAGCUUGGAGUUCAUGAGAGGAAGGAGAAUACUGGAGAUUAAUCCAGAUCAUCCCAUUAUUGAAGACUUAAAUGCUGCAUGCAAGAAUGCACCUGAUAGUGGUGAUGCCAAAAGAGCUGUUGACCUCCUAUAUGACACGGCUUUGAUCUCCAGUGGAUUCUCGCCUGACAGCCCAGCUGAGUUGGGUAACAAGAUAUAUGAGAUGAUGACUAUGGCACUUGGAGGAAGAUGGGGUAGAUCUGAAGACGACGGGGCAGAGACAGUUGAGGAUAAUGCUGUGGAAUCUGAUGCCAAUGUUAAUGAAGCUGCAGAGCCUGAAGUAAUUGAACCAUCAGAAGUGAGGGCAGAGAGCGAUCCUUGGAACGACUAAAUGACAUUAUUUCAGUAAACCUUGAGGGAAAUAACGCAUCAAGAGGCAUAGGAGAGGUGUCUGAUUGCAGUGGAACAGAGUGCAAGGCGUGGAUAAAAUUUGCAGUGCGGAAGAGAACAUAGGCUUUCUGCUAAUGAUUUACAGCAUAGGAGAUUAAUUGGUAGAUGUUUGUCUAUGUCUAAACAAUUAGCAGAACUGUAGGCUUUCACUGCCCUUCUUGAAAUGCCAUUUUUUAUAAUAGCAGAACUGCCUAAAUUUUCCAAGCUUCACGUAAACCACUUUUGUCUUUUAAAAUUGUCGGGUGUAUGCUGUAAUUUUGGGGCCUUGCGUUUUUAUCAGAAACAAAGCUUGAAAGACUCGUUUGGCACCACAAAUUCAUUGUGAAACACAGCAAAUUAAUCCAUUUUUCUCGUGGAAACGAA